CAAUCAGGAAGAAGCCAAAAACUUCACAAGGCUCCAUCCGCCCACUCCUAGAAGCACUCUUGUGAAAAUAUCCAGCUGUAAAACAACUUACGUGUAUUGUAAUUAUAAAUUAUUCAUUGUGUCGAAACUAUUUGUUCCCAAACUUGAAACUUGAACGCGUUAUUAGUGUUUAUUUUCAAGAAACAUUGCGGCGCAAGAUGGCGGCCACUGCAAAGCAAGGCCCUUUCAUCAAAUUCACUCAAAAGGCUCAUUUUAGGAUUUUAAAACUCAAAGAGGAUUAAUUGUAAAGCUGUUUUAAAUGCAUUCAAUCAUAUUUUGUGAGUAGUGAAUACACUAUCUGCUAAUUUGCCCUGCUAAACGUCAUGUACCGGACCUUUAUCACGACUACCGGAGCUCGGAGGCGUCGAGCGCAGCCGAUUUCCGGGUCACGUGGUAGACGACUCACAAUAAUGAGCGAAGCUGAGGGACCGAGGUGAUAACAAUGGCCGCGCACUGAAAGACACCGGAGCAAGCUGUCGUUCGGAAGCGGUACCUCACGUGACCGCUUUGGUGAACGGCCGUGCCGGUGGAAGCGGAACACCCAUGGGUUCACCGCCGAGCCGAGCGGCUCAGUGAGGAGGAGAACGGCUCACCGGAGCCGGUGGAGGCAGGAAGCGAGUCCGCGUGCCUUCCCUCGGGCAGUCUGUCGGUCGGUCGGUUUCGGUGUGCUCAUGAUGUAGGCCGCCGGUCAUCCUGCUGCAGGACAGAGUGGUGGAAUUUCUACACCUGAACAGUCGGAGAGAGCAAAGGCUUCUGUGAUUCCUGUGCUGCUCAGUGUCCGUGCGCCAAGAUGAGUACAGACAGACCCAAACGCAAUAUCAUCAAGAAGAAAUAUGACAUCAGUGAUGGGAUGCCGUGGUGUGAAGAACGCCUGGUCCGCAAAGUUCUUUUCCUCUCCCUCAGGGAAUUCAGAGACACACACCGCACCACACACAAACACUCACGCAUUCACACACGCGCUUCAAAAAAUACGCUCAUUCAUGGACAGCAAAAGGCACACACACUCCCCAACACACACACGCAGAAAAAGACACAUGCGCAGCAAAAAGUUGCACACAAGCCACGGAAAACCCACACACAGAAAAACACACGGCAUUCACAGAAUAUGCACAUUUCGAAACACAUACAUCGUCACGAACACACCAACAAAGGGCAAAAAGCAAACCACUUGUCUCAGGACUCGCACACACCAAAAAAUAAAUGUACUUUCACACACAACAUGCACACACAGUCCAAAAUGUGCACGGGCAAAAUGACCCGCAGUGUUCAGCAUACUGAAGAAAACACACACGCGCUCCAGAAGAACACAACCAGGAAACUCCGCUCACACACGACACAAAAUAACCUGUUGCUGCCAAAAUCCAAACACACACACCGUGAAAAACACACACACUGUGCCGAGCACAAACACUCAGUGAAGAACAGCUGCAAAUGUGAAAACACAAGGACGCUGCUGAGCGCUCGUGUCCCGGCCAGGACCCUGAGAUCACGCACUCCCACCCGGCUCAGCGGCUCCGUGGUUAAUGGCAUCACCCGGCGUCAGUCCCUCCUGUCGGCCACUCCCAGUUGGAGCUGGACAUUACAGACAUGCCCUCAGCAGCGCCGUCCUGCCAGCAUUGUUUGUGACAAGGAUGACCCUGCCAGCAAGAGACCGAGGUUGCAAGCACAGAGGAAAUUUGCCCAAUCCCCUCCCAGCUCACCAGGACCACAAGCAUUGAUGACAUCAGCACGGAGCAACCACAGCCAGCAUCUGACUGCAGUCAACUGUCUGACCCGACGUCGGACCAAAACUGAGGAUUUCUUGUCUUUUCUCUGUUUGAGAGGUUCAGCAGCGUUGCCAAGCAACAUGGCCUUCUUAGCAAGUGGACGAGAGAAGGUCACUCAGCAUCUUGCUUCCUGUCUUUCCACCAAUCACAGGACUGCAGUUGAUGAAAAGAAAACAAGCAUUUUCAAUAAAACAACAGUUCAGCGUGACUCUCGACCUCUGAGAGGGAGGACAGCUGUCAGCUCCUUCUGCCCUCAAGCUGCCAGGGAGAGCAGGAGGGAGAGAGUGGAGGAACGGCAGAGGAGGAGGUGGAGGAGCAGGAGAGAGACGACGGAGGACAGGAGAGGGGGAGCUGAGAGACACCUCCUGAGACCCCGCCAGCUCUCCCUACAGGUCAGGAGGACUAAAAAGGUCACCAUGGUGACUGGACACACCUCCUCCGUGAGGUCCGCCCCUCCCUUAAAGUCUAGCUCAGGGGUUGGCAGCAGACGAUCCGCGAGGCCUUGCACAAGGUCAAGCAAUACCUGUAAACCCAGAGGCAAUCCUCACAUCAGACCACAGGAAACCAGCAAAACACACCUCUCCCGACAUAGCAACCAGCAGCUGCCUCAAAAACAGCACCUUCCUCCCCAGCAACGAACAGUCUCAAAGCACUAUAGCAACCCUAAGACCAUCAACAGUCUCCACAACUCAGGAAAAAGCCCAAGCAGUGCUCCAGCUCAGAUACCACUGGCUAAUGGCUCGGUCCGCACACAGGCCUGUGAGAAGCCUGGAGUCCUGAGGAUGUCAAGAAGGAGGAGAGGUCUCCCACCAGACCCCACCAACCCCACUCCUCUUAAUCAGGUUGCUAUGGACAAGAACUCCUCAAAGAAAAGCAGAACACUGCAGUACAAGAAAGGUGACAACUCAUCGGAGAGUCAUUGCCAUAUUGGUGAGAUGCCACAGAAGGAAGCCAUUGGUGGUAAAUGUGUUAAAAAGGAGUACGAGAGCCAUACAGGUAAAACCACUGGUAGCAGCGAUGAAGACCUGCGUCAAGACAGAAGUGGCCGUGUUGGAGAGAUGAGACGUGAGAAGGGUGCUUGUUUCAGUGAAGACCUGCAGGACAAGGUGAAUGUUACACAACUGAGUUUGGUGAGAGUUGCUGCUCUGGAGCCUGCUAAAGAGACGGUCAACUUUGCCAGCGUCAUCUCUCACUGCAGCCUCCGCCCCGGCAGUGAGGUCAUAUGUAGACAUGUGCGAGAAAAGCGGCUUCAGAGAAUUCAGCCGACUCCAUCCACAAUCCCCAAGCCCGUUACUAGGAAUACAGAUUCUAGGACUGUUGCCAGAGCUGCUACUCCAAGGACUACAGUAAGUAAAGCUGCUAUCAACUCAGUGACAUCCCCACACACUGACCAACCACGCACUUAUUCUGCCAAGCACGCUGCAAAGGCACCGAACAAAGGUACUAACACGGACACUACCAAGUGCACUUCACCAGCCGGCAGUUACUCUAUCCAUGAGCCUCCAGGUGCUGCAAAAAGCUCUUCCAGUGGUAGCGCAGAGGCCCCGCUUAAGGACAGUGCAACUGUCAGUAGCUCUUCCAGCACUUCCAAGGGCUCUACAAAGGGCCUUUCGCAGACCAAGUCUACUACCUCAGCUAUGAAGACCAGGACCAGCCCUAGAAUCCUUCUGAAACGCUAACACCUGAGUGACGUGUGGAAAUGUUCUCAGUCUAGUAUUUCCGUUAAAGACGAUUAGAAAACAGUUUUAAAAACAUCAUUGAAGGCUGUUGAUCAUGUGAUGCAGGGUGAUGGUUAUUGGCUGAUUGGAUAGUGACGAUGGUGGUUAUUAUGGCUUGUUCUCUAUAUCUGUCAUUGAUGGUAGAAUUCUUUUUAGGUUUAUACAAAUAUGAAGAGUUGGGGAAAAGAUAGUUGUAGAGUUGACUAUAGACGAGUUCUGGAAAUUGUACAUUAUUUUGGGAGCUUGGAUUCAGUGAUGGGGCCUUGCUUACUUCCGGUACUUCGCCGGGUUAAUCUCUAUGGUGACCGAUUUGUGAUGCUUCCCUGUUUUUGUCCGACAUAGUAGCUUGAUAUGUUUGUAUAUUAUAAUCACGAGGAAAAGCUUAAUGUGAAAGCACACGUGCGUCAGUCUGCUGAACUGAUCUGCUUUACAGAGAGCUGUCAUGCAUAUGGCUACAAGCCCUUUGUCCAGGUUAUUUCUUUGCAGUCGAGUUACAAUCUUAAGAAUCAACUUAUUUACUGACAUUUAUCUGAAACGGGAAUGUUCUCAAAGUUUCCUCCGUCAAUUACAUAAAAAUCUGAAGACUUUCUUGCCUGAAAUCCUCAGGAGAAUCAAAGGAGACAUUAAACUUGUCUCAUACUCUGCCCUGCCAGGAAAAAGUCACACACUUGAAUAUCUUGUUAUUUCAAUCCACUGUGGCAUUAGUUUUUCACCAAGAUAUGUCGAUAUUUAUCUGUGUCCGGUACUUAUCCAAAUAUUAGAGUAUGUGACCUUUUUUUGUUGCACUGGGCAGUGUUUAUAUAACUAGCUAGGGUUUUAGUUGCAGUAAUAUUUAACGUCCUAAAUCGGUGAUGGUCCAGUGUACGUCAGACUGCCAAAGCCUUAAAUUAUCGUCAUUUAAACUCUGGAAUGUUUUUGUUGUUUUGUAUGGACUGAAGAGCAUGGAUGUUGUUUCCAUCGCAUUUGUUGAAUUCUAAUUUUCCUAACCUAUAAGAAUGAUUUAAGCAGGACGCCCUGUUUUAAACCUUCAUGUGGAAUAGCCAAUAUUUCUAAUAUUGCAACACAAAUGCAGUGACAACUUCAAUCUACAGAUAAACAGAUCUCUUGAGCCACUUGUGUGUCCGCAGCUUCACAGUCACCAGCCUCUGUAAAAUCAGCAGGACCUUUUUAAUCCACUGCUCCGUUUAAGGGAAAAAACGAGUAAGUUUAUGUGUGAAAUGUUAUAAGAACAACAAUGGUGACGGUUUUUAUUCAUUCACUCUUCUCCUUCCACUGAAGUCUUUAACGUCCUUACUGAGUGUAUGUGCUGACUUCAGAGGAAAUGGCGACCAUUAGGUUUGCAAAGGGGCAGAAACUUUCCAUUGGUACUUUUGUUCAGGAAUUUGGGAAAUAUUCUUAAUAUUAGGAAACGUUCCAUGGGGAUUAAUUAAUGAGAAUUAACUGGAAAAUUUGGAUACUUUAAAGAAACUGUCAUUCUGUUUUCACAGCUGUGAUGUCACUCGAGGGGGAAACAAGAUCUUUCAGGGCUUUUAUGAACUUAAGGAAGUUUUUACAAAAAUGAAACUAAAAAAUAUAGAAUUAAAAGAUCUAUAAAUGCCUAUGUCAGUGUCUCGAGGUGUCCUGUGAACAGUUUUACAGGCUUUUCUUUUUUACUAUUGUGGUCUAUAGGAAAAUUGUUGUAUUUCUUUGUUACAGUACCAUGAGUGAAAACAUAGCUGCAGGCCAGAGAGGGAGGGGCUCUAUCCAGUUCUUAUAAUACAUCCAUGGCAUGUGAUGGAGGAAUUGCAUUAAAUUGCCAACCUUCAACUUUGAAAAUAUCCAGUUUAUUCCUGUUAAUUCCUAUGGAAAGUUUCCAAUUUUGCAACCCUAGUGACCACACGUACCACACAGUCUGUGCGGAUUCAUACUUUUGUAGAUAAAAAAAAAAAAAAAGAGCGUGUACGUUUUUAUGUGGCAGCUUAACGACAGAUAUUGUAAUUAAACACUUGCGGUUUGACCUUCACUGUUGAUGUGAUAAACGGCCAUGGAGCCUCCAGUAAAUGUGGACAUUCGCUGGAGUGUCGCGUGGCUCUUGGAUGAUAUCAGGUGCUAUAAGUUUUGCAUAUUGGCUUAUAUUUGGGUAGAAGAGUAGUGUGGCAGUAUUAAACUAAGAGCUACUCUGAAGAUUAAUUAAUAUUGCACAUUAUCCUCACAUGAAAGAAAAUGUGUGUAGGAUUUUAAAAAAGUGACUGACGGCAGUGUACACUGCUGCAUUUGCUUUAUUUCAAAUAUACUUGCCAUGAAAAAAAUUAUUUAAAGUUGUUGGAAUCAUAAUUAAAUGAGUGACACAUGCAUUUGUAAAUGAGGUAUUUAUACACUGUUCAUAUAAUAUAUUGCAUUUGAUCCGUCUGAACCACGUGCUUAUUUAUGGCUGACACACGUUUUAAUAAAGUUACCAGUAAAGGCAUGGAAUCAUUUGAUGUUAUGACCUGUGGAAAUAUAUCAACUGUGUGUGGUUUGCAAAGCAAGCACUCGGUACGAUUCCCUUUUUAAGAGGUUGUUGUAUUUCGUAAUUAAAUAGGUAGGAGUUUAAUAGAUUUUUAAAAAAGGAUUAUAAAGUGAACACUUUUGUACUUGUUUUACUGUGAAGCCUGAACAUUGACUAAUCAUGAAACUGUCUGAAGCCAAACAGCAGCUGUGUAAUUACAAAACUUUCCAUAUGAACAUGAAGACCUUCCCUUUUUUUAGUGUGAUUUUAAGUCAGUUCCUUUCUUUGGAAAUAUUCAAUACAUGUCUCAAUUUCAAAUAUUUAAUGCUUCCUGCUAUGCAAAGUAGCCAUUGUGUACCCAUCAGUGACACUUAGAGAAAGUAUGAUCAGGAGACAGUUGGACAAUCUGGCUUCCUGAUACAGGAGUCGCACUGGAUAUGACCUGUUUUUACUCGUUGAGAUAAAUAGUGGAUUAGAAAUUAGAUUUAUUGCAGUUUACUGUGAACAUUCAGCUCUCCACACUCGUGUUUCUCGUGGACACUGACCUUGUGUGAGAAAAAUGUGUCCUAACAUGAAUGAAUGAAUGCCUUUUAUUCCUGACCUUAUUAAUGCGUGUGUUAGCCUCUCAUAGCUAGUUUAUAAAACUGAAAGUGUUGCUGAGCAAACUCCGUCAACCCCAGGUGAACAUAACAUAACACAUGGGAAAGUCUUUGAAAAGGAAAUUGUAAGAACAAUGUGUAAAUGUGAAGCAUUUGAAUGAGAAUUUGUAAUAAAGUUUCUUUGUGCAUA